GCGGCGCGGGCGGCGCUGAGCACGCGCCCGGCGGCGGCGGCGGCGGCGGCUGUCGGGGCCCCGCGCCCGAGGUGCCGCCUGGUCUCCGGGGAGCCCAGGGACUCCGCGCUCGGGGCAGCGGCGACUGGGCGCGAAGCCCGGGGAGGGGGGAGCUCAGAAGCGGCGGCCAAAGUCCAAAGUGAGGAUGCAAGGCCAAGCCGGCGCUGGGCAGCUCCUGCUCGAGUGCUCCUGAAGGGAAGAUGCUCCCCUUCGCCCCGCAGGACGAGCCCUGGGAGCAGGAAAUGGAGAUAGUCUGCAGCGGCGGCGGCGGCGAGGUAAAUGGUCUUAAAAUUGUUGAUGAGCCAAUGGAAGAGGGAGGAACAGAAAAUAUACAUGAUGAAACAGUUGUUAAAGAAAUCCCUAUCACACAUCAUGUUAAGGAAGGAUAUGAAAAAGCAGAUCCUGCACAGUUUGAGUUGCUCAAGGUUCUGGGACAGGGAUCUUUUGGAAAGGUUUUUCUUGUUAGAAAAAAAACUGGUCCUGAUGCUGGGCAACUCUAUGCAAUGAAGGUGUUAAAGAAGGCAUCUUUAAAAGUUCGAGACAGGGUUCGAACAAAGAUGGAGAGGGAUAUACUGGUUGAAGUAAAUCAUCCGUUUAUUGUCAAAUUGCAUUAUGCCUUUCAGACGGAAGGAAAGCUGUAUUUAAUACUGGAUUUUCUCAGGGGAGGAGACGUCUUCACAAGAUUAUCCAAAGAGGUUCUGUUUACAGAGGAAGAUGUGAAAUUCUACCUUGCGGAACUGGCCCUUGCUUUGGAUCAUCUUCAUCAAUUAGGAAUUGUAUAUAGAGACCUAAAGCCCGAAAACAUUUUGCUUGAUGACAUAGGACAUAUCAAGUUAACAGAUUUUGGACUCAGCAAGGAGUCAGUAGAUCAAGAAAAGAAGGCCUACUCUUUUUGUGGUACAGUGGAGUAUAUGGCUCCCGAAGUAGUAAAUAGGAGAGGCCAUUCUCAGAGUGCUGAUUGGUGGUCAUAUGGUGUACUUAUGUUUGAAAUGCUUACUGGUACUCUGCCAUUUCAAGGUAAAGACAGAAAUGAGACCAUGAAUAUGAUAUUAAAAGCAAAACUUGGAAUGCCUCAGUUUCUUAGUGCUGAAGCACAAAGUCUUUUAAGGAUGUUAUUCAAAAGGAAUCCAGCAAAUAGAUUGGGUUCAGAGGGUGUUGAGGAAAUCAAAAAACAUCAUUUUUUUGCAAAUAUUGACUGGAAUAAAUUAUAUAAACGAGAAGUUCAACCUCCUUUCAAACCUGCUUCUGGAAAACCUGAUGAUACGUUUUGUUUUGAUCCAGAAUUUACUGCAAAAACACCUAAAGAUUCUCCUGGUUUGCCAGCCAGUGCUAAUGCUCAUCAGCUCUUCAAAGGAUUCAGCUUUGUUGCAACUUCUAUUUCUGAAGAACAUAAAAUCACGUCUAAGACAAGUGCAAAUGUCUUGCCAUUCUUUCAGAUUAGCGGAAAUGCUGCACAAUUUGGUGACGUAUAUGAAUUGAAGGAAGAUAUUGGUGUUGGCUCCUAUUCUGUGUGUAAACGGUGCAUUCAUACAGCUACAAACAUGGAAUUUGCAGUGAAGAUCAUUGAAAAAAGUAAGAGAGACCCCUCAGAAGAAAUUGAAAUUUUGAUGCGCUAUGGACAACAUCCCAACAUUAUUACUUUAAAGGAUGUCUAUGAUGAUGGAAGAUACGUUUACCUUGUUACCGAUUUGAUGAAAGGAGGAGAACUGCUUGACCGUAUUAUCAAACAAAAAUGUUUCUCAGAACAGGAAGCAGGUCAUGUUCUGUUUGUAAUAACUAAGACAGUUGACUACCUUCAUUGUCAAGGAGUUGUUCAUCGUGAUCUUAAGCCUAGUAAUAUUUUAUAUAUGGAUGAAUCAGCCAAUGCAGAUUCCAUUAAGAUCUGUGAUUUUGGAUUUGCAAAACAACUUCGAGGAGAAAAUGGACUUCUUUUAACUCCAUGCUAUACUGCAAACUUUGUAGCACCAGAGGUUCUUACACAACAAGGUUAUGAUGCUGCUUGUGACAUAUGGAGUUUGGGAGUUCUUUUUUACACCAUGUUGGCAGGCUAUACUCCAUUUGCUAAUGGACCCAAUGAUACUCCUGAAGAGAUUCUGCUACGUAUAGGCAGUGGAAAGUUUUCAUUGAGUGGUGGAAACUGGGACAAUAUUUCAGAUGGAGCAAAGGAUUUGCUUUCCCAUAUGCUACAUGUGGAUCCACAUCAGCGGUACACUACAGAACAAAUAUUAAAACAUUCAUGGAUAACCCACAGAGAGCAUGUGUCAAAUUAUCAAUCAAAGAAGAAUGAUACUUCACAUGUUAUUAAGGGAGCUGUGGUUGCCGCAUAUUCUGCACUUACUCAAAAGACCUCUCAGCCAAUUCUAGAGCCUGUUGCUGCUUCAAGCUUAGCUCAGCGACGAAGCAUGAAAAAGCAAGCAUCAACUGGCCUAUAAGAGUUUCAGAACCCCUCAGCCAAACUGUAUGAAGAUAAAAUUAAACGUGUGGUUCAUCGCCUAAUAUUUCAUCAGUUACUUUAUUAUUUGGAUGUUCUAUUUAAUCCUCCUUUUUAAGGAGGAAUUACAUAAAUUUAAACUUGCACAGGUCUACAAUAUUCAUACUAUAUAAAUUUGUGGUAAUGCUGAAGUUUUUAUUUAAGUAUGUUAUUUGUGUCCAUGAAGCACUAACAUAUUUGCACAAUAUCUUUUAUUAUUCCUUUCAAAGUUACUUUACUAUUUUUUCUGGUUUAAUAAAAUAGUAGUUUGGGGAAUCAUCAUACACAUUUAAAAAGCAAACGUAAUGGUGUAAUGUCAAACAAUGCCAGUAUUUUUUAAAACGAAAGUGUGAAAAAAUAGGUUUUUUAAAGAGAAAUAAAUAAAAGAUAAUGUAGAACUUUAUUGUUUACAACUAAAUGACUCCAUUCAUUUGACUCUCUGUUGUUUCUAAAGUAUAGAUAUAUAAGUUUGGUGCCAGAGCAUAACAUCUGUGCUAAUAUGUGAAUUUCUGACAUGGUUGGUGCCAGUUUUUUAUGGAAAACAGAGUCAUAGGUAACACUUGUAGACAGACCUGUAAUUUUAUUCCUUAAGUGGCCUCAUUUAAAAGCAAAGGUGUAGGCUUCUAUAAACUUAAUUUCUAAUGGAUUUGUAGUAAAAGUGGAGAAUUUUUCAGCCAAAGGCUUUGCAUUGGAUCUGUAUACUACUCAAUAAGUCAUUUUUAAGCCUUUGAAAAUAAAAGUACAUGGUUUUAACACUACCUUGGUGUAUGUAAACUGACUUUUAAUCUAGUCAGUUAAAUUUAUUCAUUAUUGGUUGCCUUUAAAAUAAACUACACUGUUGGCUUUUGGACUUCCCUGUACUUUGAAUGAUAGUGCAGCAUACUAAUUAAUCUACAUUGAAUCUCAUGUUGGUACCGUUAAUAUUUUGCUGUAGUGGAUAUGUGAGUUUAGCACACAUUAUGUAGUAUCAUAAUGUAUUUUAGGAAAAUUUAAGUAAUGCUGUGUAAUAGCUGUGCUACAAAAACUUAAAAUUGACAUACUAAAUAGAAAGUAUUAGUGAGUUACAUCAAAUUUGAGUACCUACCAGAUCACAUUUAUAAAGAAAAUAUCUGCCAAUUUGGUAUAAUUGCAUUUAUUCUUUAGAACCAUUGCACAUUAUUACUGUUUUCUUUAAAUGAUGUGAAUUUUAAAGAAUAUAUUUUUGUUUCUGAAUAAAAAUGCUAUUACUACCUAUUA